AUGAGUAUUGAAAAAACUAUUCAUGAUUUUGGAGAAAUUGACAAGUAUUCAUGCAAUAUCAUCAGGAAAAUGUCUUUAACUAUAUUUAAUGAAGAAUAUGAAACAAACGAUGAUGCUCAUAAUGCGAUCAAUUGUAGACCUAUUACUAUGAUGAAUAAAAUACCUGAAAUUACAGAUAUAACUAGUACAUUAAGUAAUGAUCAAGAAAUUAAAAAAAUUACAACUCAUAAAAAAAGAUUAGAAAAAAAGAGAUCUGACUUAAUGGAUAAUAUUAAAUCUCUACUUGAUGAUGAUAUAGUUGCUGCUUGUCAUCUUUUUAAAACUAUGACUUAUCCAAAGGGAUGUUGUGUAGGAAGAGUUCUGUCACCUUAUGUUGUAAAUAAAGCUAAAGAAUUUGUUAUUGCAGGAUUGAACAAACAGACCUCUUCUGUUUCAGAAAUGCAAGAUAAAAUUAAACAAUUGGAAAAAGAAAAUAAAAGAUCACAAAAAAAUAAAGAGAAUUUGGAAUCAUGUACUCGGUCUCUUAGAACAAAGGUAGCACAAGGAGAGAAAGCUAAAGAAGAACCAACACUUACAUUGGCAAAAAUGAAAGAUAUUGAUCGGUGUACUGCAAUAGAAGUUGCAAACACUGUAAUUGAAACAUGUAAUGAAUAUGAUUUUGAUACUAAAAAGUGCAAUUUUUGGCUUACAGAUAAUACUGCCCAUAUGUCUGGUAUAAAAUCAGGUUCUGUUAUAGGUUUUAAUUUGAGAUCUCAAUCCAGAGCUUUUUGA